AUGAGCACCCAAAACGAAGAAAAAGUAUCCUCUCGCGUCACGUUUUGCGAAGACGCGCCGACGUUUCGUCCAACUCAGGAAGAAUUUUCCGAUCCUUUGCGAUACAUUUCAUCCAUACGCGAACAAGCGGAGAGGUUUGGUCUGUGCCGAAUUCAACCUCCGAAAACCGCGCGGGAGUUUUUCACCGAAACAGUGCUCAAUACCACCAAUGCGACGAGCUCGCACGCUUCAAGAUUGGCGAUUGAUGCGUCGACUUUUUCAGUCCAAACGAGAGUGCAAACGGUGAACGAACUCAACGACUUCGAAAAGGACGACGACGACGAGAAGCGCGACAGCCCCCAAGGAGGAAAACGAAGGAAAAAUCGAAGCGGAUUUGGACAGCAUGAAACCCUAAAAUUUCGCCAAGACUAUUGCCAAAAAAUGGGCGCGCACUUCAACCGACCGAUCGAACGGUGGCCGACGUUUUUAGGGAAGAAGUUAGACGUGCAGAAACUCUACGAACUCGUCAACACCAAUCCUUUGAAAGGGUUUGAAACGGUGAAAACGAACAAACAGUGGAGAGAUAUCGCGAGGGUUUUAGAUCCCGGGAUGACGCAAACGCGCGCGAACGACGGGACGUCGAACUCGUUCUCGCUGAAAUGUUUAUAUAAGAAGUGGGUGUUGCCGUUUGAGAAGAUGAGGAGGAAAGAGGAGGAUGAGGAGAAGAAGAAAAACGAGGAGAACGAGGAGGAAAGAGGAGGGAAAGGAGGAAAAGCAUCAUCCGGGAAAGGAGGAGGAGCGGCAAAUUCAAAGGAGGAAACGACGACGAAAGAGGAAGAACCGACGGAGGAAGAGAAGGAGUUGAUCGGGGCGAUGUUGGAUUUAGAGUUUCGAUGUUCCAGACCGGCACCGAAAAGACCAAAAUUGGAGAAUGGUUUAGAAGAAAUCGCAGAGCAGUUAGAGAUUGAACGCAUGACGGCGCAGUCGUGCAAGCAUUGCGGCCAGAGCGGGCACGACGACGAGGAGACGUUUCUCGUGUGCGACGGAUGCGACCAAGGCUUUCACACGUACUGUUUGUCGCCGCCGCUACAAAAGGUGCCGAAAGGGAAAUGGUUUUGCGUCGGAUGCGAAGCAGCCGCGCGUGCUGUUGAAUUCGAAGACGGAGCGGAGUAUACCAUCGAUGGAUUUCGAGAGGCGUGCGCCGCGUUUGAUUUAGCGUUUUUUGGUAGGAACAAUCCGCAACAAACACAGAUGCUUUUAGCGCAACAACAGCAAUACGGUUCGUUCACUAUUCCGUGCGGAGACGUGGAAGAGAGUUUUUGGCAGAUGGUUGAAGAAGGGUCGCACGAGAACGUCGAGGUUCGAUCCGCGGCGGAAAUCGACACCACGAGACGAGGCUCCGGGUUCCCGAGGAUGCGAGACGCGCCUUCUUCUUUUGCUACGAAAAAGAAGUCUGGCGGCGGCGGUGACGACGAGGAGGAGGACAACAACGACGGUAAUAAUGAUAAAAUGGAGGAAGAAGAAGAGGACGAAAUGGUUGCAAAGAUGCGAAAAUCGCCGUGGAAUUUGAAUAACUUACCGGUGUUGAGAGGUCCGGGCGAACACGAAAGUCUAUUAGCAAGUUUACCGGAACACGUGGCUGGUUUGUCGCAACCGUAUUUAUACGUCGGGUCGACGUUUGCCUCGACGUGUUGGCACGUGGAAGAAAAUAAUCUGUAUUCAGUCACCUAUCAACACGCGGGCGCCGCGAAAAUGUGGUACGCGAUUCCCGCGGCUUCCUGCGAGGCGAUGGAGAACUCGUUCAAACGAGCCGUUCCGGAUUUGUUCGGAAACCAACCGGAUGCGAUGAUACGCGUAGUCACGAUGCUUCCGCCGUCUACUUUACGAAACGACAACGUGCCGGUAUUUCGCGUCGAGCAAAACCCGGGUGAUUUUAUCGUGACGUUUCCAAAGAGUUACCACGCGCAAGUCGAUUGCGGGUUCAACGUUAGCGAGAAAGUAAACUUUGCGCCUCCGGAUUGGUUAUCGCACGGCACCGACGCGGUGGAGCGAUAUCGAUCGUGUCGAAAACUGUCGAUGUUCUGUCACGAGCGGUUGUUGUGCGAUAGCGCGGAUACAACAUCACCGAAACUUGGUGCAGAAGACGAAGAUAAAGAUGAAGGAAAAGAAGAAGCGACGACGAUUAGCGAGAACACCGCGAGGUGGUUGUUACCGGAACUUCGAACGAUGAUGAACGAAGAACGCCAAGCGAGGGAACAGCUCGCCGCGGAUGGGACCGUCAGAUCGAAGUUAGUUGUCGAUAAGAAGAAGAAGAAGAAGUCUUCAUCGUUGCCGUCGUCGUCGUCGUCUGAAGCCGAAGCUGUAGUUAUAGUCAAGAAACCAAAAGAAGCUCGAUUGCGAACGUCGCCGCGAACCGCCGAGGAUGAUCCGGAAUGUACCAUCUGUCGCUCCAUAUUACACCUCUCCGGCGUCGUGUGUAAAUGCAACGUCGGGCGGAAAGCGUGUUUGAGGCAUUGCGCGGAAUUAUGCGAAUGCGCGGCGGACAACAGAGUUCUUUUCUACCGCAAAACGUUGGAAGAUAUCGAGAAGCUCGUUUCGACGGUUGAGAAAUCAACCUCGGCGGAGCAUCGGAAACAAAUCAACGCGGACUUCAAACCAGUCGCCUGUGGCAAAGCUAGGAUUACUAAAGCCAACGCCUGGGUAAAGAAAGUUAAACAAGCCUUGGAGAAAGCUCCGAUGCCGGAAAUUGCAGAUUUGCAAAGUUUAGCAGUCGCGGGAGAAGAGUUCGUUUGGGGCGGAAGCGAGAUGGCGGAGACGCGCAAGUUGUCCGCGAAAAUAGCGCUCGCCAAGAAGUGGCAAGUCGACUUGACGGUUUUGAAAGCUAGAAUGAACGGCGAAGAGUUGACGGUAGGUGACGUCAUGCUCGAGGACGAUCUAUCCGAAGAAGAGGACGACGUAGAAGGAGGAGAAGAAGGAGAAACAGAAAAAGAAGAGCGAGAAGACGAGGAGGAAAAAGAUGCUGAAGGAGAAGCUGCUGAAAAAGCGCCAGCCGGGGCUGACGACAACGACGCCAUGGUUAUCGACGGAGAGAAGAAAGGAGACAGAGAAGAUGCCGGUGCUACGGCGACUACGACGGCUAACGUGGACGACGAACAAAAAGUAUCCAAGAAGGACAGAAUUGUUCCUCGAAUGAAGCUGGACCGAUUGGAAGAACUGUUGUCGACGAAACCGGUCCCGAUGACUGCGGCGGAUUUGAAAUCGUACACCAACUUGAAAUCUGAUGCCGAAAACAUCGAAAAAAGAGUCGCAGACGCUUUGAAAGAGCAACCUUACCCUUCCCCGAGAACGUGCGAGAAGUUGUUGAAAGAUUCUACGAAAAUUUCCGUGGAGAUUCCCAGUCACCAUCGACUGUUCGAGCAGAUUCAAAAAGCAACGAAAUGGGCAGAAAAAGUUCGCGCCGCGCUCCCUGGUCGCGCGGGUCGUACCGGCAGAGGUGGUGGUCGUGCGAGUUACGAAGACCAUAACGACGACGGCGACGAUACCGCGGCAACUUUAGUACGAAUUCAUGAUCUCGAUGAGCUCGAAAAAGAAUCGCACGGUUUGCCGGUAUCUUCGAUGGAGCUGCAAACGCUCAUCAAGGCGCGCGAAGAGACGCACACGUGGCGCGCUCGAGCCAUUUCGCUUUUGGAUACCAAAAAUGCUCCCUUGCACGACGCAGAAAUGUUGUUCAACGAAGGCAAAGAACUUGGUGUGUAUUGCGACGAGAUCACCACGAUGGAAACCGCCGUCGACGACGCGUACGCUUGGGUCAAUAAAGCGCUCAAGAUGGACACGCCGAUGACGUCAAUCGAUGAAUUGAAGACACACUUGGAAGCUUCGAAAGCGCUCGCAAUUACAGUUACCGAAUCGACGUGGCUUAAGAACCGAAUCACCGUUCGUCAAUGGGCCGAAGACAUUAAGAACAUGCUUCUCGUGAAAGACCCGAUCGACGACGCGAUUAAGGCGGUGAAAGAAGGCGAGGAGUUACUCGACUCUGCAGACUACGAAGUCGCUCCAGACGAAGAGAAACUUUUGAUAAGUUUGAAAGGCCACGUAGACGCUGGGAAGAAAUGGGAAGUAAAAGGUCGUCAAGCAGUUCAAUGCGCGAAUUCUAAGAGAGAAGCGGACAGGAAGUCUCUCGAUGAAGUCGCUCAAAUUGUGCGCGAAGGCGCGAGCAUCCCUCUCAAACUCGAAGGGUUCGAUUUUCUUCAAGAAACUGUCAACACCACCAAAGCGUGGCUCGAACGCGCGCAACCGUGUCUGAAAGGUAAACAGCUCACUCGACGUGGGACGGCGCAACCUCUACCGACGUUGGAAGAAGCGAAGCAGCUCGUCAAGGAGGCGCCGGACUUGCGCAUCUACGUGAAGGAAGUCGCCGCUUUGAUCGAACGCGUCGAAGACGCCGAAUCUUGGAACGAAGAAGCGGAAGAUUGCGUCUCGCGAUGGCGCGAAGAAGGUGCGGAAAUUACGUUUAAAGAAUUGGAGUUAUCGCACGAAGACUUUGGUUUGGAGUUACCAGCGAUGGCUACGGUGAGAAAACGAUUACGCGCGUUGGAUUGGGAAGAGAAAGCGAGAGAGUGCUUUGCGUCUAUUCUUGAGAGAAUCGAAGGCACCGCCGGGACGUCGGAGAAAGGGAGCAGCAAGUCGUCGAAAGCAUCAAAGAAACAAGAGGAAGAGGAAGAAGACUUACCCGAAGAUGCCUUAUUGGACGAGCUUCACGAAGAAGCCGAAGACUUGGACGAACUCAAUCCGAAACUUCUCGAAGAAGUCAACAAACGAUGGAAACUCGUGGACGAGUGGCGUCAAAAAGCAGACGCAAUGUUGAAUCCAGAGUUGGAUGAAAACGGCAGGCCAAAGCAAACGAUCGGUCCGGACGAGUUGGACGCUUUGAUUUCGGAAGGGAAAAACUUACCGGCGAUUGUCGCGAAAGUGGACGAGCUCGAGGCGAACUUGGCGAAUCACCAAGUUUGGUUUACAGCGGCGAGAGAGUUGUUGGCAUCGGCUCCGGUUCCAGUAGCUGCUGCUGCGGGUGAUGAUGGUGCAGCUGGUGCGAAAGGAGCUGACGACGAUGGUAAAGAACAAGAGAAGCAGAAACGACGCCCAUUCUCGGACUUCAAAGAUUUGUUGAAGGAAGUCGAAAGCGAAGGAGACGCGUUCAUGUGCCCAGAACGAGCGCAAUUGACCGCGGUUGUCACUCGAUGCGAAGAGUGGAACGACAAUCUGCGAAUGGCUUUGUUGCGUCGUCCGGUAGUUAACGCGAGCACCCCUCCCACCGUUGUUGGCCCUGCAGGAGAAGAGAGCAAGCAAGAAGAGGUGCAACUGAAUUCCAAGCAAGUUCUGCAAACGAUUUUAGAAUCUAUCCACGCGGCUAUUUUGGACGUCACCGGGACUGGUAUUCCUCCGGAAACCGAAGACGGUCAAUUUUGUCUCUGCAGACAAGCCGGGGGCGUACAAAUGCUCGGGUGCGACGAUUGCGGCGAUUGGUACCAUUUGAAGUGCAUCAACAUUUCUGCUUCUGCGGCAAAAACGAUGAACAACUACGUGUGCGCGCCGUGCGUGGCAAAGAACGGAAAGCCGAAAGCGCUGUCCUUGGAGACGUAUAAAUCGGUCCAUCGAACGAAACGGCCGAACAUUUUAGCGUUGAAAAGAGCUUUGCAAGAGUCUGUGUCUUUUCCGUGCGAAAUGCCCGAAGAAGAGUUGAUUAUUGAAAUCGUCAACGCGCACGACGCGUGGUGCUUGCGCGUUCGCGAGUGCUUGCACAAUCACCACGUCCUCGAAACCUCCACGUCUGCGGAGACGCAAGCCGCGCAUAUUGCGAGAGCAACGACCAGAAGAGAAGCCGAAGCGAGAGCGAGAAAGGUCAACGAGGCGCAAAUGCGCGGUGCAAACCCGCACAACGCCGAAUUGACGGCCAUUCAGCACGUCAUGCUCAUGGGCCAAUCUGUCACCGCCGCGGCGACGCAACGCACGAUUGCUUUGCAAGGCGCGCAAGCCAAUCCAACUUUACUCUCCGAAGAGUUGAAGAAUAUUACCAUCAACCAACUCACUUUGCUGCAACAGUUUGGCGUUCAGCUGGCGUUGUGUCAAGCGCAGUUACACAUGGCGCCGGCGAUUUCGCACCCGCACAUUGUCCACGUCUUGAUUUUGCGAGAUCGACACGCGAAGCUGAUGGAGCAACUCGCGGUCGAGUUGAAGAAGGACGACGGGGAGCAACAGAUAUUGGCAGCGAUUACGCAAGCGAUGGAUCCGAACGCACAAGUUGCGGUUCCUCCAUCUGUUGCCGCCGCUAACGUCGAAAGAGAAGCGGCAGCAGCAGCAGCAGCAGCAGCGGCAAAGGACGAUUCAAAAGGAAAGGAGGAACCUUCGCCCGAGGAGGACGUGAAAAAGGAAGCCGGAGAAGCGCCGGCUGCCGCGCCGCCGCCUGAGAAACCAGCGCCCCCGGUGAAAGGAGGCAAGAAAGGUAAAGCUGCGGCAAAAGGUAAAAAAGGCGCGAAGGGGAAGAAAGUUGCAGAAGAAGUUGAAGCUCCCGCGCCCGAAGCGGCGGACAAGGAAGAAGAAGCUGUGAAAGAAGAGGACGCGGCGAUGCCGAUGGAUGUAGGCAAAGACGCGCAAGCCGCGCAAGCCGCGCAAGCUGCUGCCAUCGCAGCGCAAGCCGCCAUGCAGCAACAGUUCGCGCAGCAACAACAGUUCCAGCAACAGCACGAUCAACAAUUUCUCGUUCACCAGCAACAGCAAUUGCAGAUGAUGGGUGCGAUGCAACCGCAACCGGGACAAGAACAAAUGUUCGCCGCCGCGACAGCGCAACAUCAACUCAGCGGUACCGGUCCUGAUGGUACGCAACAACCCGUCGGAAUUGACCUGAAGAAACAAAUCUUUGCGGGCAUGAAAGGUGCAUUAGCCAUGGAAUUGGAACCAGUCGAGGAGACGUUAGCGAUGAUGAGAGAAGUGUGCGGCCCGGCGUGGCGACAACGCGCCACGUCUUUAAUGCGAGGCCCGCCGUUCCCAAAACUCAUCGAGUUGCACGAACUGAAAGAGACCGCCGUAGCCGCUGGCCUUUGUCCAGGAGGUGGUGUCGAUCCAUUAGCCGAUCGCGCGUUUGCCUUAGAAUCCGCCGGUCAACUUUGGCUCGAACACGCCGCCACCGUCGUCGAAGAUAAAUCCAUUCCAAUCGAAGCCGCUCGCGUUCUUUUGCGCGAAGGUCGAGCGUUACCCGUGCAUCUCAAAGACGAACUGGAGGAGUUGGGCGAACGAUGCGAACUCUAUUGCGUCUGUCGAUCCGCGUACGAUGCGAAACGAUCGAUGAUUUGCUGCGACCGAUGCGACGGCUGGUUUCACUACGAGUGCAUCGGCAUGCAACCGCCUGGCUUGGACGAGCAAGAAGAGGCGAAUAUUAAGUUUGCGUGCCCGCAAUGUUGCGAAAACCAAGGGAUUCCGUACGUGCCUUUCAGACCUCUUCGGUGA